CCCGCCCCAUAUUUUGGGUUGCAUUUUGGCUUGCUGGGCAACGCCGCGGCACAAAAAAAAAGAGCAGCGGCCACUGUAGCAGCACCUGCAGCUGGGGCCAGCCACCCACUGGGCCUCCUCCUCCUCCUCCUCGGCGUCUGGCCUUGUCUGGGGCACGGCUCGCCCGUGAAAUUCUCCCGUGUCCCUGUUCUGCUCCUCUUCUUUUUAUUACAUCACCAGCACCCACUCACCCCAAUCUCCUGCCACCCAGCUGCGCCGUGCUUUUCCAUCUUGUGCUCUUCCACUUAUCUCUUUUCUUCUCUUCUUCCCCAUCCAUCCACCGCAUCAGCCUUUUAAUCUCUAAUUCUCCCUUCGUUCCUCUUACACCACCUACCGCCAUCAUGACCGACUACACAGUGGGCAUCAUGCCCCUUAACCCCGUCCACAAGCCGCCCUACAGCAUUGAGGCGCCUGGCUACGAAAAGGUUGCUGGCGAGACCAUCCCUCGCCGUCAUCCUCGCGCCAAGAACGGCCUGCUCAACCGUCCCUCAGAGGAGAUUCACACCGUCUUCGACAUCAUCCGUCGCAGCGCCCGCGUCUACCCCAACCACAACGCCCUCGGUGGCCGCAAGCUCGUCAAGCUGCACAAGGAAACAAAAAAGGUCAAGAAGAACGUUGACGGCCAGGUUGUCGAGGUCGACAAGGAGUGGCAGUUCUUUGAGCUCACCAAGUUCGAAUUCCUCACCUACAAGCAGUAUGAGGAGCGCGUCCUCCAGAUUGGUGCUGGUCUGCGCAAGCUUGGCCUCGACUCCGAGCACAAGCUCCAUCUCUUUGGUACCACCAGCUUGAACUGGAUGUCCAUGUCCCACGGCUGCGCCUCGCAAGCCAUCUCCAUCGUCACUGCCUACGACACUCUUGGCGCUAGCGGCCUCGAGCACACCCUUCUCGAAACUGGCGCCAGCGCCAUGUACGUUGACCCUCACCUGCUCAAGACUGCCAGCGGCCCCAUCAAGAAGUCCAAGGUCAAGACUGUUAUUGUCAACCAAGAAUGUGUCUUCGCCGCUGGCGACGAGCUUGAGGCCUUCAAGACCGCCAACCCCGACCUCAAAGUCAUCACCUACGACGAGCUUUGCGAGCUCGGCAAGCAGAACAUGGUCGAGCCUAGCCCUGCCAAGGCUGAGGACCUCUUCUGCAUCAUGUACACCUCCGGUUCCACUGGUCUCCCCAAGGGCGCCUGCAUUACUCACGAGUCUCUCGUUGCUGGUGUUACUGGUCUUUACACCUGCGUUGAGGAAUGUGUCAGCGACAAGGAAGUCAUUCUUGCCUACCUUCCCUUGGCCCACAUUCUCGAAAUGGCCCUCGAGAACCUCGUCCUCUACAUUGGUGGCACUCUCGGCUACGGUAACCCCCGUACGCUCGCCGACUCCUCCGUCAAGAACUGCGCUGGUGACAUGCGUGAGCUGAGACCCACGGUCAUGGUUGGUGUCCCUCAGAUCUGGGAGACCAUCCGCAAAGGCGUCAUGGCCAAGCUUGACAGCUCUAGCCCUCUUCUCAAGAACCUCUUCUGGGGUGCCUUCAGCUACAAGACCUGGAUGACCAAGAACAAGCUUCCCGGCGCCAGCCUUUUCGACGGCAUCGUCUUCAGCAAGGUCCGUGAGCUGACUGGUGGUCGCCUUCGAUUCACCAUGAACGGUGCCAGUGGUAUCGCCUCCAGCACCAAGCACUUUGUUUCCAUCGUCUUGGCUCCCAUGUUGACUGGUUACGGUUUGACCGAGACUUGCGCCAACGGCUCUCUCGGUUCGCCCCUCGAGUACACCGCCGACGCCAUUGGCCCUAUCCCUGCCGCUAUCGAUGUCAAGCUCGUCUCCAUCCCCGAGUUGGGCUACUCUACCGACGCCAAGGUUCCCCAGGGUGAGAUUCUCCUCAAGGGUGCCCCCAUCAUGAAGGAGUACUUCAACAACCCCGAAGAGACCGCCAAGGCCCUUACCCCCGACGGCUGGUUCAAGACUGGUGACAUUGGCGAGUUCGACGCCAACGGUCACUUGAAGGUCAUUGACCGUGUCAAGAACCUCGUCAAGAUGCAGGGUGGUGAGUACAUUGCCCUCGAGAAGCUCGAGUCCGUCUACCGUGGCGCCCCCACCGUCGCCAACGUCAUGGUCCACGCCGACUCUGAGCACAGCCGCCCCAUUGCUGUCAUCAUGCCCAACGAGAAGGUCCUCAUCGAGAGAGCCAAGGAGCUCGGUGUUGAUGAGCACAGCAUGCACACCGACGCCAAGGUCAAGGCUGCCGUCCUCAAGGACCUCCAGAACACUGCCCGCGCCGCUGGACUCGUCAGCAUGGAGACUGUUGCCGGCGUUGUCAUCACUGAGGAAGAGUGGACACCUCCUACUGGCCUUGUCACCGCCACCCAGAAGCUCAACCGCCGCGUCAUCCGCGAGUUCUACAAGAAGCAGAUCGACGAGUGCUUCAAGACCGUUGCUUAAAUCGAAUGUACUAUGAUAAAUUUGCCCAGAAGCUGUAGGGCUUUUGGGAGGGCUGUGGGCGUCUGUGGAUGAAGAUGACGCAUUGUUACUUGAUACCGCCGUUGUGAUUUUCGACAUGAGCCACGACGAUUCCCAGUGUGUUGCGUUUUUGUUUUCAUUAUUCACUUGGCUGGACUUUUAUAUGCGAUGAUUUUAUCACGGAUGCUGGACUUUGUUUUUAUUCAACUGCGAUGUUGUACCAUCCGCGGUGUCUGUCUGCUCUAUCUCUUUAUGUUGCAUCUCUUUUUGUAAUUUAUUUCCGUAAAGCGUACAUUAGCGCAAAACAAACACUUUUAUGAUACAUACAUAUGUCCCAUCUGCUACGAGGC